ACGACGCGUACUUUGCACGCGCCAACCGCCCCCAGCCACCAACACCAGAAAGAAAUGGCGAAAGAGACAAAACUGAACGAGAAAAGGAAGAAGACAAAGCUCAAAAGAAGCUCUCAGCAGAGGAGCUGGAUAAGAUUACAUACAAACCUCACUCAUAAUCUCACAUUAACUCUGCAAUUUACAGAAUAAAUCCAAAACAAUAAAAAGGUUUAAGGAUGGUGGUGAUGAUGAAAAAGAGGAAGAAGAAGAAGAACUGAAAAAGGAAAAAGAAAGAAAGUGUAAAGAAAAGUGAAGAAGAAAAAGAUGAUGAUGAUUGACUCGUGGUGUCCGGACUGUAACCGACCGACCGAGGUGGUGUUCGACCACUCAGCGGGUGACCGAGUCUGCUCAGAGUGCGGACUCGUCCUCGAGUCACACUCCAUUGACGAGACCUCCGAGUGGCGGACUUUCGCCAACGAGUCCACAGAUAACGAUCCAGUUCGCGUGGGCGGCCCGUCGAAUCCGCUUUUAGCUGACGGCGGGCUCUCCACCGUCAUCUCCAAGCCGAAUCCUUCCUCUCCCAACUUCCUCCCCCGUUGGCAUACUCGCGCUUCAAAUCCUGACCGUUCCCUCCUUCAGGCGUUCAAGGUCAUCGCCACCAUGUCCGACAGGUUGGGCCUUGUUGCAACCAUAAAGGAUCGAGCUAAUGAGAUAUAUAAGAAAGUUGAAGAUCAGAAACCACUUAGAGGACGGAAUCAGGAUGCAAUUCUGGGUGCUUGCAUCUACAUUGCUUGUCGACAAGAAGACAAACCACGCACUGUAAAAGAAAUCUGCUCUGUUGCCAAUGGGGCCACAAAGAAGGAAAUUGGCCGUGCAAAAGAGUAUAUUGCGAAGCAAUUGGAGGUGGAAAUGGGUCAGUCUAUGGAGAUGGGAACAAUACACGCUGGAGAUUUUUUGAGGCGUUUUUGUUCCCAUCUGGGUAUGACUAAUCAAGCAGUUAAGGCAGCCCAAGAAGCUGUGCAGAAAUCUGAAGAGCUUGAUAUAAGGAGGAGUCCAAUAUCCAUAGCAGCAGCUGUCAUUUACAUGAUCACUCAGCUUUCGGACGAGAAAAAACUUCUGAAAGAUAUUUCAUUGGCCACAGGGGUGGCAGAAGGCACCAUCAGAAAUUCAUACAAGGAUCUCUAUCCCCAUGCCGCAACGCUGAUACCAAGCUGGUACACCAAGGAGGAGGACCUCCGAAACCUCUGCAGUCCCUAGGAAACAAACAGACAGGCUAUGUAUCAGAUGUACAUAUGUGCCUUAUUUGAUACUGUAUCUUGACAGAGCAUGUUCGUAGUUGACAUGUUGGGGUGUGUAGUCUUCGUUGAAUUGAUGACAGUUAUCUGGCUCAAAUCAAUUACAAUUAGUUUAAUGACCAGUACUCUCAA